GAGUCUCAUGAGAGCAUGACUAUGAUACACGAGUGUAACACGAUAAAACCUCAGGGGCGUAGAGCCAAGGUAGUAAUAAAGGUUUUGACAUUCUGCUCCCGUAGCCCCUUUUCCGUCUCCGUGUCAAACAUGGCUGCCCGUUCAAUCUCAAAGAAGCGAAAGUUCGUUGGAGACGGUGUCUUUAAGGCCGAGCUCAACGAGUUUCUAACUCGUGAAUUGGCUGAAGAUGGUUACUCUGGUGUUGAAGUACGAGUUACUCCUACUCGGACUGAGAUCAUCUUGAUGGCAACUCAUACUCAGAGUGUGCUUGGAGAAAAAGGACGUCGUAUCAGGGAACUGACUUCUGUGGUACAGAAGCGUUUCAAUUUCAAAGAGCACAGUGUUGAACUCUAUGCUGAAAAAGUUGCUACUCGUGGCCUCUGUGCCAUAGCACAAGCUGAAUCUUUGCGUUACAAGCUCAUUGGUGGUUUGGCUGUAAGAAGAGCUUGUUAUGGAGUGCUCCGCUUCAUUAUGGAAUCAGGAGCUCAAGGAUGUGAAGUGGUAGUCAGUGGCAAAUUGCGUGGUCAACGUGCAAAAUCAAUGAAAUUUGUUGAUGGACUGAUGAUUCAUUCAGGUGAACCCAUCAAUGACUAUGUCGAUACAGCCACGCGACAUGUACUUCUAAGGCAGGGUGUUUUGGGAAUCAAAGUGAAAAUCAUGCUUCCUUGUGAUGAAACUGGUAAAACUGGACCUAGAAAACCAUUGCCAGACAAAUUUUCAGUGGCUGAGCCAAAGGAUGAAGAACUGCCUUCGCAUCCAUCAUCUGACAUUAAAGUGACUAAGCCAGAUGCUCCCCAACCAGCUCCAAUUGCUGUUUGACGACAUACGUGAUUACAAUAAAAGUUUUAAAAUUAAAAACUAUAUUUGAAUUCCGAUAAAUAUUGCACCUACAUACAAUCCAUUCAAAAUAUAUCCAUUAGCUAUAAACAAAGUAACCGUAAUCCUUAUCAAUUCGAAUCGACAUUAUGCUUGUACAUUGUCAUAUCGAUAACUAAAAUACAUGGAAUAGAUACAGA